AUGCCACAUUACAUCACUGUAUAUUCUAAUCUUACUCAACUAUUUUACACGGGACAUGUUAAUUUGAGUCCUAAACAAAGUUUUCGCGUCGCACCGGCGCAGCGGCGCGGCGGACAUGAAAGCGGCGCAGUCGGUGGUGACGGCGAUGACAGCGACGAUAAGGAAAAGGAAGAAGAAGCGGAACGUGAACGGCAAGAAGCCAUCCGUGAAGCUGAGGAGCGACGCAAGGAGAAACAUCGCAAGAUGGAGGAGGAGCGGGAGAAGAUGCGUCAGGAGAUUAGGGAUAAGUACAAAAUCCCUAAAAAAGAAGAGAUAGCGGAACAACAGCAACAAGAACCUGACAACCCUCUGAUGAGGAAGAAGAAGACUCCCGAGGAGUUGGCAGCUGAGGCAGAGCUUGAAGACCAGGACGAGUUCACUAAAUUGAAAAACACCAUAGAAACGCAAGUGAACGAACUGAAGUCGCAGAUCGAGAGCAAGCGUCAAGCCCGUCCUUCUGAACUUCACAUUAAUGUAAGGUAU